AUGGCUGUUGGAAAGAAUAAACGUCUUUCGAAAGGAAAGAAAGGCUUGAAGAAAAGAACCCAAGACCCUUUCACUCGAAAAGACUGGUAUUCAGUCAAAGCCCCGUCCACCUUCAACACGAGAGAUGUCGGGAAGACCUUGGUGAACCGCACAACCGGUCUCAAGUCUGCCAACGACGCCCUCAAGGGUCGAAUUUUCGAAGUUUCCCUUGCCGACCUCCAGAACGACGAAGACCAUGCCUUCCGUAAGGUCAAGCUCCGAGUCGAUGAAGUCCAGGGCAAGAACUGCUUGACCAACUUCCACGGUCUCGAUUUCACUUCUGACAAACUCCGCUCUUUGGUACGAAAGUGGCAAACUCUGAUCGAAGCCAACGUUACCGUCAAGACCACUGACGACUAUCUCCUGCGACUGUUCGCCAUUGCCUUCACCAAGCGUCGACCCAACCAAAUCAAGAAGACCACAUACGCCGCCUCAUCGCAAAUUCGUGCCAUCCGCAAGAAGAUGACCGAGAUCAUCCAACGCGAGGCCACCAGCGUCACUCUCGCCCAACUCACCGGCAAACUCAUCCCUGAGGUCAUCGGCCGCGAGAUCGAGAAGAGCACGCAAGGCAUCUACCCUCUCCAGAACGUUCACAUCCGAAAGGUCAAGCUACUGAAGGCACCCAAAUUCGAUCUUGGUGCUCUGCUCGGUCUGCACGGAGAGAGCUCGCAGGACGACUCUGGCCAAAAGGUCGACCGCGAGUUCAAGGAGCAUGCGCCUUUGGAGAGCGUCUAG